AUUAACAGAGUGUGUGAUCAACGCGUUUACAGUGGGAGACUUCCAGAAGUGAUGGCACUAAGAAGAGCACUGCAUUUUGUUUUUAAAGUAGGAGACAGGACCAAAACAGCUACUUUUUACAGGGAUGUCUUAGGAAUGAAGAUUCUGCGUCAUGAAGAAUUUGAGGAGGGCUGCAAAGCAACCUGCAAUGGUCCAUAUGAUGGAAAAUGGAGUAAAACCAUGGUGGGCUUUGGACCAGAAGAUGACCACUUUGUUGCAGAGUUGACCUAUAAUUAUGGAGUGGGUGAAUAUCGCCUUGGCAAUGACUUUCUGGGUCUCACUCUGCUGUCUAGUCAGGCUGUGAGUAAUGCCAAGAGGUUAAACUGGCCUCUAACACAAGUCGAAGAUUCUCUCUACUUGACUGAAGCUCCAGAAGGAUACUGCUUCUACCUUAUAGACAAGGAACAGCCAGACUGUGAUCCUGUCCAGAAAGUCUCCCUGGCAGUGUCUGAUCUACAGUGUUCUAUUCAUUAUUGGUCUGCUCUGCUGGGAAUGAAGGUUAUUGAGAAAAAUGAGGACAAAAAGAUUGCCUUAAUGGGAUUCUCAGAUAAUCAGUGUAAGCUGGAGUUACAGGACAUUGGAGGCGCUGUGGAUCAUGGAACUGCUUUUGGAAGGAUCGCAUUCGCUUGCCCUCGGGAUCAGUUACCAGACAUCGAAGGACUAAUGAAAAAAGAAAAGCAGAAAAUCCUCACCCCUCUUGUGAGUCUGAUUACAAAACCUUUCAGUUCAGUAAGGUUUGUGAGAAACACAUUUUGA